AUGGCAAACAAUUUACAAAUUGCCAGCGCCGCUUAUAUUGUUAUGCAUUUAUUAACAAAAAAAAAACAGUCAAGUAUUAAAAAGAGACGAUGGUGGACAACUCAAAUUUUUCGAUCAAGACAAAUAUACAAUGGCACAAGUAUGAUACGUGAUUUAAACUUUCAUACAGACUCUGGUCAGUUUGAAAAUUUUGCAAGAAUGUCACAAGAGGAUUUUGAACACCUUGUAUCGCUACUUACUCCAAUAAUAGCAAAGCAGACUACUCAUUUCAGGGAACCAAUUCCAGUUAAUGAAAGACUUGCAGUGACACUGAGAUUCUUAGCAACGGGUGAAUCGUAUACAAGCCUUUAA